CUCCGCGGCGGAGGAAAUGGCCCUAGACCAAUCACAUCUGUGCUGAAGGAGAGCGUGUGUUUACACCAUCACCUGUCAAACAGAGAAGCCCUGCUUUAUUUUCAUUCUGUAAGGACCAGAAAAAACGGCUCACACUGAAGCGACUACAGUAGCUAUCAACUGGACGGACUCUCUGGCCAUCGACCAUUUGCAGCGCCGGACAGCGGUACCAUUCUCGAACCAUGAGCUCAGUGGCGGUGUUGACACCAGAGAGCUUUGCUGAGCAUCGCAGCGGCCUGAAGGACCAGGAGCUGACGGGCUGCGUGCCGGAGGAUGAGGCCUACAUCCCCACCUACCUGGAGGCCUUCCCCCCCCUGCCGGAGAAGACUGCGGCCGAGGCCAAGGCGGGCGAGCCAAGCGGGGCCUGGGGCUCCAAGAUAAAGCCAAUCAAAGCCUCCGUCAUCACCCAGGUGUUCCACGUGCCCCUGGAGGAGCGACGUUACCGGGACAACGGGCAGUUCGGCGAGGGGGAGGAGGCCAAGGUGUGCCUGGACAUCAUGCAGCGGACGGGGGCCCACAUCGAGCUGUCCCUGGCCAAGGACCAGGGCCUCUCCAUCAUGGUGACCGGGAAGCUGGACUCGGUCAUGAAGGCCCGCAAGGAGAUCGUGGCGCGCCUGCAGACCCAGGCCUCGGCCACCGUGGCCAUCCCGAAGGAGCACCACCGCUUCGUCAUCGGCAAGAACGGGGAGAAGCUGCAGGAGCUGGAGCUGAGGACGGCCACCAAGAUCGCCAUCCCUCGCCACGACGACCCCAGCACCAGCAUCCGCAUCACGGGCACCAAGGAGGGCAUCGAGAAGGCCCGCCACGAGGUCCUGCUCAUCCACGCCGAGCAGGACAAGCGGGCGGUGGAGCGGCUGUGCCUGGAGAAGGCCUUCCACCCCUUCAUCGCCGGCGCCCACAACCGGCUGGUCCAGGAGCUGAGCCAGGAGACGGGCGCCCGCAUCAGCAUACCCCCGCCCAGCGUGCCCAAGGACGAGAUCGUCAUCACCGGGGAGAAGGAGGCGGUCGCCAUGGCGCUCGGCCGCAUCCGGGCCCUCUACGACGACAAGAAGAGGAAGACCACCACCAUCUCGGUGGAGGUGAAGAAGUCCCAGCACAAGUACAUCGUGGGGCCCAAGGGCACCACCCUGCAGGAGAUCCUGGAGGCCACUGGGGUGUCUCUGGAGAUGCCCCCCCUGGACUCGCCCUCCGAGACCAUCAUCCUCCGGGGGGAGCCCGACCAUCUGGGGCCCGCCCUCACACAGGUCUACGCCACGGCCAAGAGUGUGACGGUGGUGGAGGUCACGGCCCCCGCCUGGCUGCACCACUACAUCAUCGGGAAGAAGGGCCAGAACAUCGGACGCAUCACGCAGCAGCUGCCCCGGGUUCACAUAGAGUUCACAGACGGGGAGGAGCGCAUCAGUCUGGAGGGGCCGACGGAGGAGGUGGAGCAGGCUCAGACUCAGAUGCUGGAGAUCAUCCAGGACCUGCUCGUGAGGAUGGACUACACUGAAGUGGUCAUCGAGCAGCGCUUCCACAGACACCUCAUCGGGAAGAACGGCACCAUCGUCAACAGGAUCAAGGAGCAGUACAAGGUGUCAGUGAGAAUCCCCCAGGACUGUGAGCACAGCGGGCUGGUCCGCAUCGAGGGCGACCCCCAGGGGGUACAGAAGGCCAGGAGGGAGCUGCUUGAGAUGGUGCAGAGGAUGGAAAACGAGCGCACCAAAGAGCUGACGGUGGAGCAGCGCUACCACCGCACCAUCAUCGGCCAGAAGGGGGAGAAGAUCAGGGAGGUCCGGGACAAGUUCCCCGAGGUGGUCAUCAACUUCCCCGACCCGGCGGCGAAGAGCGACGUGGUGCAGCUGAGGGGCCCCAAGAACGAGGUGGAGAAGUGCGGCAAGUUCCUCCAGAGGCUCAUCGCCGAGCUGAUCGAGAACAGCUUCUCUCUCUCCGUUCCCAUCUUCAAACAGUUCCACAAGAACAUCAUCGGCAAGGGCGGAGCCAACAUCAAGAAGAUCCGCGAGGAGACCAACACGAAGAUCGACCUGCCGACGGAGAACAGCAACUCUGAGAUGAUCGUGAUCACCGGUCGGAAGAACCACUGUGAGGCGGCCAGGGAGAGGGUCCUGGCCAUCCAGAGAGAGCUGGCCAACAUCAAGGAGACGGAGGUGGCCAUCCCCUCCAGGCUCCACAACUCCCUGAUUGGCUCCCGGGGCUGCCUGGUGCGCUCCGUCAUGGAGGAGUGCGGCGGCGUCCACAUCCACUUCCCCCCCGAGGCCUCGGGCUCCGACCAGGUCACCAUCAGGGGCCCCGCGGGCCAGGUGGAGAGGGCCCGCAGGCAGCUGCUGCAGCUGGCCCAGGAGAAGCAGGUGAACAGCUUCACGGCGGAGAUGCAGGCGCCGUCCGAGUACCACCGCUUCCUGAUCGGGAGGGGCGGGGCCAACAUCCGGCGGGUGCGGGACCGGACGGGCGCACGCGUCAUCUUCCCGGCGCCGCACGACGGCGAGCCGGAGCGCAUCACCAUCGUGGGCCGCGAGGAGGCGGUGCGGCUCGCACAGAAGGAGCUGGAGGCGCUGGUCAAGAACCUGGACGACGUGGUGGAGGACAGCAUGGCGGUGGAGCCGCGGCACCACCGCCACUUUGUGUGCCGGCGGGGCCAGGUGCUGCGGGAGCUGGCGGAGGAGUACGGGGGCGUGGCCGUCAGCUUCCCCCGCACGGGCGGCGCCGCCAGCCGGCGCGUCACGCUGAAGGGCGGCCGGGACUGCGUGGACGCCGCCAAGCGCCGCAUCCAGGAGAUCAUCGAGGAUCUGGAGUCCCAGGUGAGCGUGGAGGUGGUGAUCCAGCAGCAGUUCCACCGGGCCCUCGUGGGGCCCAAGGGCAGCCGGCUGCAGCAGCUCACCAAGGAGCACCAGGUGCAGGUGCAGCUCCCCGAAAGGGGCGACGGCAGCACAGGGCCCCCCGGUCCGGACCCCCAGGCCCCCCAGGAGAACGGCGAGGCCGGUCCCCACGCCGAGGCCGCGCCCCGCAAGUGUGACAUCAUCACCGUCUCGGGGCGGCCGGAGAAGUGUGAGCUGGCGAAGGCUGCCCUGCUGGCGCUGGUGCCGGUGACGGAGGACGUGGAGGUGUCGUACGAGCUGCACCGCUACAUCAUCGGCCAGAAGGGCAGCGGCAUCAGGAAGAUGAUGGAGGAGUACGAGGUGAACAUCUGGGUGCCCCCGCCGGAGCAGCAGUGGGACGUGGUCCGGGUGACGGGUCAGCUGACCAACGUGGGGCGGGCCAGAGAGGGCCUGCUGCAGAGAGUCAGGGAGCUGCAGGCGGAGCAGGAGGACCGGGCGCUGCGCAGCUUCAAGGCCACCAUGUCGGUGGAGCCCCGCUUCCACCCCAAGAUCAUCGGGAGGAAGGGCGCCGUCAUCUCCCAGAUCAGGAAGGACCACGACGUCAGCAUCCAGUUCCCCGAGAAGGGCGACGAGCAUCAGGACGUGCUGGUGAUCUCGGGCUACGAGGCCAACGUCGCGGGGGCCCGGGGUGCCCUGGAGCGGCUGGUGGCGGAGCUGCGGGAGAUGGUGAGCCAGGACGUCCGGCUGGACCCCCGCACGCACGCCCGCAUCAUCGGGGCCCGCGGCAAGGCCAUCCGCAAGCUGAUGGAGGAGUUCAAGGUGGACAUUAAAUUCCCCCCUCCCGGUUCUGAGGAGCCAGACCGGGUCGCUGUAACGGGACUGCCCGAGGCCGUGGACAACGCCAUACACCACCUCCUCACCCUGGAGGAGGAGCAUAUGCUGAGCGUGACGGAGACGGAGACCCUGGCGGCCUACAUGAAGCCCCCCUCCCGCUACGGGGGAGGGGGCGUGGGCGGGGGAGGGGGGGAGGACAGCAACGGGGCCCCGGCCAAGGGCUACGUGGUGCGGGACGCCCCGUGGAACGCCCCAGGAGGGGACAGGGCUCCAGACAUGAGCAGUGCAGAGGACUUCCCAACGUUCGGGGCCAGCGUGGCCCCCAAGCAGAGCUCCGCCUGGGGCCCCAAGAAGGUCUGAGGAGCCACCGGGACUGUGUCAACAGCAGGCCUCCCCCCUCCCCUCACCCCCCCCUCCCCCUCCCCUUUCUCCCUGAGAGCCGCAACCACCAGCCAUUUUGGAGGGUGUGAGAAAGAGAGCGGCCUUCUUCUCUGCUCUCCUCUCCCCCUCCUUUUUAAUCCGUCUCCCCCCCCCACCACACACACACACACACACACACACACACACACACACACACACACACACACACACACACACACACACACACACACACACACACACAAACACAAUGUCCCAGAACCCAAAACAAACAUGGACCACGAUGUUAAUAUCUUUCUCUCAAACUUUCGAGCGCUCUCCUCUCCCUGCCGCUCUGUUAUGUCGCCGCCGUACUCCAAAAACGCUUUUGAGAUUCCGAUAACCCCCCUGCGCGCCCCCCAAACCGACAUUCAGCCUGACUGCAGCACUUCGUAGACGAAUGUUCGGGAACAGUCUUCGGAAGUGCCUGAGCGAGCGCAGAGCAGGGCGGUAUCGGACGUGUUCGAAUUUUAAUCCGAAAUUCGUAGAUAUUAGCGUUUUAGCUUUUUGAUUAUUUAUUUUGUACGUGUAAAAGAAUAGUGUCUGUGUCGCAGGGCCCAGGUUUUAAUGUAUUUUUUUUUUUUUUCUGUCAUUUGAACUGAAAAGAUGUGAAUGUCCAUCUACUGUAUUGUCUCUACUGUGAAGGCUGUUUUUUCAUCGGUUCGGUGCGGUUCCACCCUGAACCUCAGUGAUCUUGCUCAUUUAUCUUUUUUGUAAAGCACUGACUGUAGCCUGAUGCUUUUUAAGACCUUUUAUUUAUUUUUUACAAAGUGUGUUCAAAGGCGUGGGUUGCGGAAAAAUCUCACAUUUGAAGUGAAAUAAGUACGUGAACCCUGUUUUAAUUUCUAUGUUUUACGGCUCAUUUGAAGGUGCGUGUGUGUGUGCGUGCCUGAGAGAUUUGUAUGCGUGCAAGGAAGGAUUAUUCUUGAAUGAAGCUUGACCAAACUCAAAAUGUGUCGUCAGUUUUAUCUUCACACUUGCUGUCAUUUUGUUUGUAAUUUUAUCGUUAUGUUUUCUCCCUAUCUGUCAUCAGGUCACUUUUAAGUUUCACGAUCUUUGUCAAGAUGUCGGACUACACGGGCAGCUCCCUCUAGGAUUCAUCUAACUUUUGUGUAACAAUGUUUGAAUUCAAGUCAUUUUGGGUAGCACAAAACAGUACAUUUUCCAUCCAUUAUUAAUCGUAUUUAUGUUCUUCGCUCAGAUCGUGUCAUGCGACCGAGAUCAAUCCUCCAUACAGAACCGAACCACCGCAAUGUAUGCUUCCACCCGUGGCUGCAUUCAUAACGGUGACGAGUGGGGUCCCAGUCCUACUUUUUCCGGCAUGUUCUAUGGCGGACUAUGCAAACCAACCAGGAUAUUCCAUUUAAAAUUUGGCGCAAUUCUUCGUUUUUUUAUUUGUAUUUCCGUGACUUUAUGACAUUCUUCUCGUGUCUCUCUCGGCCCCAAUUUCAGCCUUUUUUUAACACAAUGGCGGCCAUUUCGGACGAGACGAGGCUUGCGUGGCCUCUUGCUGUGUUCUUAGGGUAAUGUGUUCAUGAAAUGGCUGCCCAAAAGCUGCUGUCUUUUAUGUUUCCUGUCAAAUCUUAAAGAAAACACACUAUUGGCCUUAAUGAGUAAAAAGUGUUCAACAUUUUGAUGAAUAAAAAGGUGUGAUUGAAGCGUGUGCGAUUGCAAUACCAGGGUCAGUGACUGGUUUCCUACUCUUAAUAAAAUGUAAUGACAUGAA